GUCAGAGUUCAGCCAUAGGGUUCCACCUUUGGUUUUGUUUGUGGUAUUUUGUUUUGGGCUCUUUCAGGAUCACACAGAGGAUACCUUCUCAUCCACAUCUCUCUCUCUCUCUCUCUCUUCUGAACUGGGUUUUAUUUCCCUCCUUUUGUUUUUGUUCAUAUCCGUGUGGCCAUAGUUGGAUUUUCUUGAGAAAAAAGCUGUGGCUUAAGGAUCUGGAUUCAGUUCUAGUUAAUAGUCUUCUCUCUCUAUCUCUGCUUGUUUCUUUUGUGAGUUCUCAAAAAACCAAAAUUGUCUCUUUUAAGAGAAGCCAAACACAGAAGAAACAAUCAAAGUGAAUGAAACAAGGGUUUUUAAAGUCUAGCUAGCUGCUGCCACCAUAGUCUAAACGUUUGAGAAAUCAGUUUCAACUUCUCUAUUUGGGGUUCUUUCUCUUUCCAGUUUCUCUCUUAUUUUAGCUUUUUCUAGGUUUGGAGUUUUCUGUUUUAUUUCAUAUUCUUUGUCUUUAAAUCUUUUUUACCCUUUUUUUACUAAUAUGAAAACCGAAGAAUCCAUGGCCCAUGAUGCAACCUUAAGCUUUCUAGAACUGCUUAUCUAAGAGAAGAAGAUGAUGGAAGGUUUGAUGUUUCAUCAGCAACAACAGCAGCCACUGCAAGAGGAAAAUAUGUCUAAUUUGACUUCAGGUUCUGGUGAAGCGAGUGUUUCUUCAGGCAACAGAAAUGAAACUGGCACCAACUAUUCUCAACAAUACUUUGUUCCUCCACCUCCUGAAUCUCAACCUGUCAAGAAGAAGAGAAACCUGCCAGGAAACCCAGACCCAGAUGCAGAAGUAAUCGCUUUAUCACCCAAGACUCUGAUGGCAACGAAUAGAUUUGUGUGUGAGAUCUGUAACAAAGGGUUUCAGAGAGAUCAGAAUCUUCAACUUCAUAGAAGAGGGCAUAAUCUGCCAUGGAAGCUGAAGCAAAGAACAAGCAAGGAAAUAAGGAAGAAGGUGUAUGUCUGUCCAGAAACUAGCUGCGUCCACCAUGACCCAUCAAGAGCUCUUGGUGACUUGACAGGAAUCAAGAAGCACUUUUGCAGAAAGCAUGGUGAGAAGAAGUGGAAAUGUGACAAGUGCUCAAAGAGGUACGCAGUUCAAUCAGAUUGGAAGGCUCACUCCAAGACCUGUGGCACUAGAGAAUACAGAUGCGACUGUGGAACCCUUUUCUCAAGGAGAGACAGCUUCAUCACCCACAGAGCUUUCUGCGAUGCUUUAGCAGAGGAGAGUGCAAAAGCUAUCGCAGCACCACCACCAAACCCAGUCGUCCUCCACAGCUCCUCUCAGCCUGCAGCUUCAGGUUCUUCAACUCCUCAUAAUAUAAAUCUCCAAAUACCCCAAUUCAAUGCUACUACUGCUCAAGAUUUGCAUGCAUUUUCACUUAAAAAAGAGCAACAAAGUUUUAGCACUCUAAGGCCAGAGUUACCACCAUGGUUAGCUUGCCCACCAGCAGGAUUAGUGGCUGGUCCUGGUUCUGGCCCACUACAUCAUCAUCAGCAAACGCCCGUUGAUCAUCUCUCCUCCUCCUCAUCUUCGAUCCUUACCAAUCACCAAGAGUUGAGCCCAAACCCUAACCCUAGUCUUGGCCCCACUCUACCGCAUUACCUGCAGGCAGCUCCAUCCCCACAUAUGUCAGCUACUGCAUUGCUGCAAAAAGCAGCUCAGAUGGGUGCAACCAUGAGCAGCAAAACUACCGGCUUGAUGAGACCUCACCAUCAGCCCCAGCACCACCACCAAGAACAAGCUCACGUGUCUUCCAAUUCUAGUAACAACAAUGCAAAUACAAAUGGGUUUGGUCUGAAUUUGUCCUCACGUGAAGAACAGCUGCCAGGUAGUGGGUCCUUUGUUCAUGGCUUGCAGGCUCCUUUUGGGAAUAAAGCUGUUCCUUCUGGUACUAGUGGUUCACAACCCUCGAGUGCCCUUCUUCAAGAAAUGAUGAAUUCUCUGUCUUCUGCUUCUGGGUUUGAUGGGGCUAGCUCCUUCGAAGAGGCAUUUGUUGGUGGGAUUUUGAAUACCAAGAAAGAUGAUGACAAUGCUGGUGGUGGCGGUGGUGGCUCCGGCGGCGGCGGCGGUGAGGGUUUGACGAGAGAUUUCUUGGGUCUUAGAGCUUUCUCUCAUAGUGAUAUACUGAGUAUGGCUGGUCUCGGCAAUUGCGUGAACACUUCUCAAGAGCAACAUAAUCAAUCACAAAAAACAUGGCAAGGUUAGCUUUUUCAUAUAUAUAUACGGAUUUUCUUUUUGCUCUGUAGUCUUGAAUAUUUCAUUUCUUUCCUUUUUUUUUUUUUUAAAGCUUCCCUAAGGGAAGGACAUCUAAAAAUAUUGCAGAUAGUUCAAUGCCUUAUGUAGCCAUCAUUUCAGAA